AUGCACAGACAAAAGCAACAUUCAAUGGCAGACAUUAAACUUCGGCGGUUAGUUGAUCUUAACCAAAGACUUCGAGAAGAUUUAGAUCGUCCUCGGGUACGUGUCAGCGAAGCAAGUAAUAGAGUUGAUAAGAUUUCUAAUAUCUAA